UUAGCGCGUAGUUUGCACCCGCCAGCCGAGUCACCGAGAUGUACCAGCUGGAGAAGAUCUGGGUCCUGCUGUGCCUGGCCCUCGUCGGCGUCCUUGGCUUCGGCCAGUUCCACAUGAAGCACUACCAGCUGCAGCGCAACUACAACACGCAGGAGGACUCCGGGGAGAACGACAAUAGUGUGCUGCGAACCUUUCGCCGCUGCAUGUGGGAGCAGUCGAAGUUCCUGCCCCGCCGCCUGGUUCUGCUGAGCCUGUGCUCGAACCUCUUCUGCGAGAACAACCACAUAAUGGCCCGCUCCAGGUCUAUUUUCGUAGUGGAAAAAAUGUCUAGGCCGAAUGACUGCCUGGACAUCCUGCCCGACCAGUGCGAGCAGGGCGAUGAGGAGGAGCUGAUGUACAAGCCCUUCCCCGACUGCUGUCCGGUUUACUGCAACCUGAAGCGUCGGAUGCAGCGCCUGCGCACCAUGCACUUCCGACACCGCCUGCUGCGCAACAAACAGGACGGCUCCGCGGGAUCCGCCGGUGGUGGAUCCGCCGGUGGCGACGGGCCCAACAACUCGCUCCUCAGCGAGUUCGUCUACAACAACUACUAGGCGCAGGAUGGGCCAAACGAGGAUGACGCUAGCGACAUGCCAGCAAAUCAAAUUACUGGUCAACGUGUACUUCUGCCUGCAAAAGGAGUCAUUCGGUCAUCCCGACACUGAGCGAAAAAUGGAACCAGUCCUUGGAUUUUACUAAGCUCAAUCUCAACAUAUAGGCUAUAAUGUAACUGAUAAUAUACGCAUAUAAAAAAUCACUAGAGUUUUGAAAUCACUCUUAAAUUUUAUGUAAGGUGCCUAAAAGUAUGCUCUGAAUAAGGAUAAGCAUCUUUCUAUAUUACAAAAAUAUAUUGUUGCAUACUUUUAGACACAUUUAAUGGCGAUAUCAAACCCCUAGUGAUUUUUGUGGUAUUCUAGAUAACCUUUAUAAAUCUUAAAGAAAAGGUCUUAAAUAAGUGAGCGAUAUUGUAAACAUGUUAAAUUGAUUUCCUUAAUUAUAGACAAAAUGGUCACAGGACAUUGCAUUUGCUGGCUUGAAAUGGUAUUAUUCUGGAAAUAUAAUGAAAUAUUUAAAAUGAAUAAA